AUGUUGGUGUUCGAAGGCAAAGAGGACUUGAUCAUACUGGGAAUCAACGCUUUUCCAUCAAUGGGAUAUCAGGUCAAGAAAAGCCUGCGAGGACCGAGAGAAAAGAAGACAUCACGACAGCGAGAAGAAACCGAAUCGAAUCCUGUGGCUGUUGCGAAACAGAGAGUCUUCAUAGCUCCCGUACCAACCAAAUACGUGGACCUCAAGUGUGAAGAAGAAUGA